GAUCGGAUGAAACACGUGAUCGAUGUGGAGGGUAGACAGCAACCAUUUUUAUGACCAAAUUUCCCUCCAGUUAUUGGCAUGAAGAAAGCUCAAAGUUGAAGACCAACAUGACAGAGAAUAUCAAGAGUCUGGUUGAUUGGGCCACAACUUCUGGGGCCUACCUUCACCCCGAUGUUGAAAUUUAUAAAGACGCGGUAACAGGUUUAUCGUUCAAGGCGCAACAAACGAUAGCUCCCCAAACAAGUAUUGUACGAUGCUCGUACCAAAUUUCUCUAUCAUAUCUAAAUGCAAUUGGCACUUAUUCUCAGUUUCCCUCUACGGAUCCAUUUCCUGUUGAGUUCUUGGAGAAUUUGAAGCAGGAUGAUCCCAACAUUGUUGGCCACUUCUUCCUCAUACAGCAAUACUUGAAGGGUGAUCAAUCUCCAUGGUGGCAGUAUAUCAGAUUACUUCCUCAGCCAAACGAUCCCAAAAGCCUUGGGAUUCCUAUCUGGUGGCCAGAAGAAGAUCAAGAAUUCCUGACCGGGACAAAUGCAGAGCCUCCACUUCAGAAGCGAGAACAGAUGUGGAGAGAUCAGUGGAAGAAAGGGGUUGUGCUUCUGAGGGAAUUGCCAAAUCAUAAAGAAUACAGUUAUAUCUUGUAUCAAUGGGCUGCUACUAUAUUUGACAGUCGAAGUUUUCGACCAUCCUUGACAGUUUGUCCUGAAGCUUUGAGUGGGAGUUCCACAGAUAUGAAUCUUGAUCUAGAACACAUUCGCAAUGAUAGGUUUUCGAUCUUAUAUCCACUUGUUGAUAUAGGCAAUCAUAAUGGUAUCAAUCAAGUAGAGUGGAGAAAAGAUCCUAUCUCCGAAUCUUUUGACCUAGUCCAUUCUGCUGGUGUUUUACAGGGAGAUCAAAUUUACAAUUACUAUGGAAAUAAAUCAAAUAGCGAACUGCUAGUGGGCUACGGUUUUAUUCUUCCAAAGGAUCUUGUGAAUCGGAAUGUUGCCAAUCUUAAAUUGACUCCAGAACACAAUGCUAUUCAACUACGCAGAAGUCAGAAUUGUCAUAUCCGCCCAGAUCCAAGACAGCCCGAGGAGGAAUUCAUGUUUGCUGUGCAACCACCAUCUGCGAAUGGGCCACAAGAUUCUAGGAUCUUGGAAUUUCGCAGCUUCGGAGAAGGUCUAGUGGAUCUAAUUUGCUGUAUUGUAGCAAAUGAACGAGAGCGUUCAUACAUGUUGAGGUUCCCAGAAAUAUGCCCAGAAAGGAUUGCACAGCCAUUUCAAAGCCCUCUGUGCAGAGCAGUAAUACAGGCAACAUUCAUUAUUCAAUCUAAGCUUGCAUACGAAAUCGAUAAGAUUGAAAAAAUCGGUGCAAGUCUAGGUCCCCCUCAAAAUUUCAAUCAAUCCCUCGCUCUGAACUAUAGGGGCCUCCAACUCACCACCUUAAGAUCUGCUCUUCAACCCCUGGAUCUUCUAACUAUGCCAAUUCUCGCUCCAUCGCAUGAACUCUCACCACUUUCUCCAACAGGAAAUUUGAAGAUUUUCUCAAUCGAGCAGGCUUACUCACUACUUACCCAACAAUACCCGUCACUAUCUACAACCAUCCACAAUCUUAUAGCCUCAGACCAAGAAGAAGAACUCCCUCUGGAUUGGUCUGUACUUCUCGAAGAUUGGAACUUUACAUACUGGACUCUUUGGGUUUACAUCAUCAUGCUCAAACAAUCUGAUGAGAAGACUCUCGCGGCUAUACAUCCAGCUUUAGUACAGUGGAUCAAAGAUGGAACCUCAAUCUUCGGCUCUCUCCCCGAAUCAUGGAAUCCCGCAGCCUCCUUCCACGGUGCAACCGACGAACACGAAACCCUCACAACUACCAUCUCCCAAUUACGAAAAUUGCACCCUGAACUCUUCGCGCCUCAAAACGUAAAUUAUGAGCACUUACUCAAUCUCGCAAGUCACUUGGUCAAGGAACAGGGAUUUAUGGCUCCGUAUGUGAUGUUGGAUGGCGCCGCGAAGGGAGAACGGAUUAGUCAAUUGGUUAUGUGUAUUUGGAGUUCGGAUUCAUGAUAUGUUGGAGUAUUUGAUGAGAUUGGAAAAGUUCUGCGCUACUUGUGCUUUUCUAGUAGAUAGAUGUUUGAAAUUUCGAGUUGGACAAUUAGAAAUCGGUUUAUCUGCAUUCCGAGCUUCUCUCUAGACCCUGGCGCAUCUAGUAUUCUCGACUCAAGCAGCGAUGAGAGACUUAUGAAUCACGAAAGACGGGAUGGGACUAUCUAUUCUCAAGUAUCGAAGACAUGAUAGGUUUUGAGUCGAGCCGCAGUCUGUCCUCUCUGUAUAACAAUAAUCCUAACACUGCAAUUACAACCAACAAACA